AUGCACUUCAGCAUCGGACAAGUAGCCUUCCUGACUCGUCGCGCAGUCAUCAACCAUGAUGCUGUUGUUGGAUUCCCUCAGACUGUUCCCUCAGGAACAGCAGGAAACCUGUACCUCAAGUACAAGCCAUGGCUCAAGGUCUUCAACGGCUGUGUUCCUUUCCCCGCCGUCAAUGCCAACGGCGACACUGGCGGUGGCCUCGCAACCUCCGGCGACCCAAGCGGCGGCUGUUCCUCUUCCACAGGCCAAGUCUACGUUCGCGGUGGAACCUACAACGGCGCAUACGGCAUCAUGUACUCAUGGUACAUGCCCAAGGACUCGCCGUCCAGCGGGCUCGGCCACCGCCACGACUGGGAGAACGCUGUCGUCUGGCUGUCCUCGCAAUCCGAGUCCGCGACCGUCCGCGGCGUCGCCAUCUCCGCGCACGGCGACUACCAAAAGGUCAGCGGCCAUUUCGACGGCAGCAGGCCGUUGAUUGGAUAUAUUUCCGCCUGGCCGGUCAACCAUCAGCUCAUCGAUACGUCGGAUAAGGGUGGCGAGCAGCCGCUCAUUGCGUGGGAGAGCUUGACGGCUGCGGCGAGGACUGCGAUUGAGAAUACGAAUUUCGGUGAUGCGACGCCGAGUUUUAGGGAUAAUAACUUCCAGAGUUAUCUGGAGAAGGCCUACUUCUAGAGGUUGAUGUGGGAUGUAAUUCACGAGGGAAGAGAAAGAUAUCAUGAGGCAAUGUGUGAAUGAAACGGGUAUUGAAGAAUCG